AAUAUAGAAUUUUCAAAAAUAUUAUCAAUGGAGGAAACUAAAGGGAAAUCUUACAACUUUCAAGAAAUGUUCAUCGACAUUCAUCUCAAAAGAGAAUGCUUAAAUAAUUAUGAAACUUCAAUGAAAGAGCAGAGGGAAGAUGGAGUUCCUCAUAAAACAUAUCUUACCAAUCUAUACUAUGAAAUCCGGAAGGUUCUGCUUGAGCUCGUCUUAAUAAUCCAAAUUGCCAGAUGCGUAUGUUCUAAAUCAUCAACACUAAAAAUCAUCGAUACGUAUUCAAUGUCGCUUCCUUCAGAUCACAAACUCAUAGAGGAUUCCAUCAAGUACAUGAAUAAGAAGGGAGAAACCACAAAAGUUGUCAAGGGAUUAGAAUCACUCAACAUUAAACUCCAGAACAAAUGCACAUGGAUUGUAGAAAGAGUUCCAGAGAUUUCUCCUGAGAACAUCGAAGAUAUCACAAUUGCUUCUAUGAAUGGCAAAUUAGCACACGAGUCAGAGUUUUCGAACUACCUGGCAGGACUAAGCCAAUUUACACAGAAAAGACAACCCCUUUCUGCUACAUUAGUUGCUGAGAAGAUCAUUGCUAAGCAGAAAAAGACAGGUAAAUGUAGAGCAGCUUGUAAUUUAUACGGAACAGCUAUUAAAAUUUAUAAGAGUGUUGCCUUCAUCGCCUUCCCUCUCCUUGCCUACUUCGGAACUAACAAAGACAAUCAGAUCUUCGAGACAAUAAUAGGCUACUUUAGCUAAGAUUUCAACAAAA